AUGCCCACUACUUGUACCUUUGAAUUGGAUCGUUUAAAUCCGAUAUAUUCUUCCGGGGAAUAUGUUAACGGACGCAUUAUUUUAAAAACGGAUAAAAUAAAAAGAGUAAAUUCUGUCUAUGUUACUUUGGAGGGCGAAGCUAAAGUUCAAUGGUCCAUUAGUGGCAAAGAAACUGCCAGCUAUUGUGGUCGUCAACAGUAUUUGUAUUCACGUGCCAAUGUUUUCGAUAAUUCGGAUUUUGCUGCCGGUAAACAUGUUUAUGUUUUAACUUUGCGUAUACCACCCGAUUGCCCUUCAUCGGUUAAGGGUCCUUACGGUUAUAUUGCGUAUAAUAUAUCGGUGGUCAUAGAUAAACAACGCACUUUUGAUGAGGUCUUCCGUAAGCCAAUAUGUGUGAUACAGACGUUGGAUUUAAAUUUUCAUCCGGAAUAUUCGCUACCAAUUAAAGAGGAAAACCUCAAAUAUCUCUGCCAAUGGCCAUGUACCUCAGGACCACUAUGCUUUACAUUAAUGCUACCGUACGCUGGCUUUAUACCCGGACAACAUGUUAAAUAUUUCCUCGAACUAGACAAUCAGUCGCCACACUAUGACAUUCUGGGCGUAGAAGCAUCCCUAAAACAACACUACGUGUUUUUGGCGCGUAAACCAGUCAAACGUAAUUUCUAUACGAAAUCGUUGGCAAAGAGUUCAAUCGAAGAGCGUACAUUGCGCUUGACCAAACGAUUGUACGAGGGUAAUGUGUAUGUGCCAACCGAUACGCCAAGGUCAACUUUAAAUCUCAACUACAUAGUGUUCAUACAUUACACGCUGCAAGUAAAAUUGAAAACGGGUGCAUUUCAUUAUGAUACGGACAUUUCAGCGCCUGUGGUUAUUGGCACCGUGCCACUGAGGCAGUUUCAAGAGGAACAGCGAAUAAUGCAACGUAACUUUAAUAGAGAUUGUAAUUUGUGUAGUGGCAGUACGCUGGGUGGUAGUUUGGUGACAUCGCAGCCAACAUUGAGAUUGAGACGGGAAUUGGAGAAUUUGUUGGGUUCACAGGAUAUGGAAGAGGCGGAAUUAAAUCGUGCCGUGGAAAAGAUGAUAGAAGAUGAACCACCAUCCUAUGAUAGUUGUUUGCCGCCAUCUUUUAGUUUUGCUACCACUUUUGGCAGCUUUAAACAGCCGGACUUAGAAGUGGCCGAACUAAAGUCUGAUGAAAGUUGCCACAUUAAUAUACAACUGCCACAAUUUCCCGGCUACAACACUUUCAAUUCUCAUACUCAAGCUCCCAGUCAAUCUAAUGAUUCUCUGUUGCAGUCGGGUAAUAUAUACAAUUCGUAUGGUUCCAUAUAUACUGACCACACCGGUAGAUCCUUAGAUACUUUAGAUGUUUUGAGUUGCAGUGGUGCUGUAAUUGAGGACAUUGAUGCUCACAGUGUGGAGCAUUUAAGUGAAGUAGCUAAAGAUGAUAUUCAUAAUGAAAUUGCAGCAAAAGUUAGGGCAGCCGUUACUGAAAGUUGUAACCGGUCGGAAAUUGGUUUGGAAAUUGAUGUGAAUGAUAAUGAUAAUAAUUUGGAAUCACUUGAAUUUUCGGAUGAAAGUGAACAGCAGGAAAAUGACAAUUAG